GACACGGAUACAGUCGCGCUCGGGCCGCGGUGCCGUCGACAUCGUUUGACGCGCGGUUCCUUCGUCGAUUCUCUGCUCGUGUUGGGUUUCCCAUGGGACUUGCUGCAGCCGCCGUGCUGCCGCCGCUAGAUGCGUGUGUCAUGCACGUGCGCGAGUGAGCGGUCUUCGCCGAACCCGGUCACUUUUGGAGGAGGAUUUUUUCGCUGCUGUGAUGUACGACACGACCAUGGACGCGUGGAUGUAUGACGUGGUCUGUAUGAUGUCUGGUAACGCCUCUGAAAGUAUGAUUGGAAACAGCAGGAGCGUUCCUAACAUCAAGCAGGAGAUCGAGAAUCCGACGACUCCAAAUCAGAAUUAUCAAGUCUGUUCGCCGACCACCACAUUGCAGCAGCAAGAGUCGCUGUGCACCAAGAUGGAUAUGCCGGAUUACGGAGGUAGCGGAGGUAGUCCUGGCAGUCCGGAGAUGCAUCAUUGUUCCUCGACGACACAGCCACUCGGCACCCCAGAGGACGGUGUCAAAGAGGAGGACAUGAUGCCUAGGAGGCUAUGUCUUGUUUGCGGAGACGUUGCCAGUGGAUUUCACUAUGGUGUUGCUUCUUGCGAGGCUUGCAAAGCUUUUUUCAAAAGAACGAUACAAGCCAGUAACUUCACAGGCAACAUCGAAUACACCUGCCCGGCGAACGGUGAAUGCGAGAUCAACAAACGUCGUAGAAAGGCCUGCCAGGCUUGCAGGUUUCAAAAGUGCCUCAGGCAGGGUAUGCUCAAGGAAGGUGUGCGGUUGGACCGUGUCAGAGGUGGUAGGCAAAAGUAUCGAAGGAGUACCGAUCCCUACGUCACGGGAAAAAACAUUACGCUUGAAGCUAAUGUAGGGUCAGCAGGCUAUUUGGAUACAAUCAAUAAUAAAAUGGUAGAGGCACUAGUAGCUUGCGAACCCGACAUGCUGCAGGUGUCCAACUUGUCGCAUACUUUGGAUACUGAUCAGCGAGUCCUUGGCCAGCUGUCGGAUCUUUACGAUCGCGAACUCGUCGGAAUUAUAGGUUGGGCAAAACAGAUUCCAGGAUUCAGUAGUUUGCCACUCAAUGACCAAAUGCGUCUCCUACAAAGCACGUGGGCUGAAAUUUUGACUUUCGGUCUUGUCUGGAGAAGUAUACCAAAUUGCGGAAAGCUCAGGUUCGCACAGGAUUUUGUGCUUGAUGAAAGACUUGCGCGAGAGUGCCAUUGCUUGGAACUGUACACACAUUGCAUGCAGAUCGUCGAUAGACUGCAGCGAUUAAGUCUGGCCCGUGAAGAAUUUUACAUGCUGAAGGCCCUCAUUCUGAGCAACAGCGACGCAAAAUUAGACGAGCCGCAAGCAUUGCAACGUUUUCGCGACAGCAUUCUUAGUUCACUCUCGGAUUGCGUGAAUGCAGUGCGUCCAGGUCAAACGUUGCGCACUACCCAAAACAUGUUCCUAAUGUUGCCGAGCCUCCGCCAGGCGGAUGGCAUUGUUCGCAAGUUCUGGUCCAGCGUUUAUCGCACCGGUAAGGUGCCUAUGAACAAGCUCUUCGUCGAAAUGCUUGAAGCAGCAAGCUACCGAUGAGCAGCUCACCUAAUGCCUUGUUAAACCCAUGUAUAGUUGAAAACGCACGAGAGCGAUUUUCUUUCUUUCUUUCAAGAUUCAAGGUACGAGAUGUUUAAAGUUCGUGCGCGUAUAUCUUUUGUUAGAUCGAACAAAAUUUUUCGUUUUAUUCUCUCUCUCUCUCUCUCUCUCUCUCUCUCUCUCUCUCUUCUCUCUCUCUCUCUCAUCUCUCUCUCUCUCUCUCUGUCAUCUCUCUCUCAUCUCUCUCUUUUUUGUUUGGAUUAACAGUGUUUAAAAAAGAUAUCGUACUGAAAAUGAGUGUGUGACAUGGCGUUAUGUAGUGCACAUAAAGUGAGAGCUUGACCAGUAUGAUAGUUAAAAUGAACUUGAGUGAGAUAUAAAACAAAGACGAUAUUGAUAAUAUUGCUAGCAAGCCAGGUUUUGAUGAAUAUUAAAAAUUUUAAGGGUUAAUACAAUUUAUGCUUUGGGUAAGAGACAAGUGAAUGAUAUUUAUAAUAUUCAUCAAUGUCCAUAUAUCAGUCCAGAUCUAGUGCAAUUAUGUUGUAUAGAGCAGGAAGCAAAACCAAUAACUGAAUAUGUUUCCUUUUAUUUUUUCACCGUUACCCGUACAUCGUACCAAUAGAACCAAGCGUCCGUUAUUCGUGCGUGCCACAAUAAAUAAAUAUAGGAAGACAAAUUCAUUCAGGAACUUUAAAAUAAAUAAAAUACUUACAUUAUACCGAGAUAUAAUGUGCAGUUUCACGGUGUCAGCGCUCUUAUUGAGCGUCUACCAUACAAUAUGACAAAUAUUAGCUUAGGCACUCUAACCAUGUGAGUUUGUGUAAUGAAUAUCUGAAUUAUAAGAUCGGUCUCAAAUAUUCAUUUUUAAUUUAUUGCAUAAUAUUCUUAGUUAAAAAUGAGUACGUAAUACGGAAACAAAAAGUGUCGUUGAAACUUGUAUAUAAACGUUGUUUCAAAAUUUUAUACUUAUAAAUAGCGUGACUCAUAACAACUAAAAUUUCAAUCUGUUUUCUAUUUAAUAGAAUAUUAUACUUUUUGAUUUUACAAAAAUCAUGUGCAAGUGUUUGGGACCAUCUUUCAACUCAAAAGCAAAUGUUUUAUUUUCUUUUAUCUAUUAAUAUUAACAAAUAUUUUAUUAAUUAUUUUUUUAAUGCUAAAAUUUUUCGCUCAAGUCAACGAUAGCGAUAAACACUUAUAUCGAUCAUAGUGCUUUAUUGAAUCCUACGUAAUGGAACCGAACCAGAUCUAUCAAUGCUUCGUAUUGUGAGUUGAUAGCAAUAUGCGCCUUGUAUAAAGAUAGUCAUGUAACAGUGUUUGUAAGAGAUUUGUGAUAUUAAAAAUAAAAGUGUUAGUUAGUUGAACAGUUUAUAGGUAGAUAUUCAUAAUUAAAAUCAUAUGAAACUUAAAAAGUUUACAGUCAUUAAAGUAACGGAAGUACAUUAUAUGCAAUACGUUUUUCAUUACAAAUAGCCUCUACCUUCAAUCAUUAUUAUUUGUUCAUUGUGAAUGAAAUUCCACUCUUAUUGGUAAUUCAUAAUUAGCAUUAAAAAAUAUUUGAUUUUCUUUUUUCUUUAAUUAUCAAUUUUAUUCGAUCUUCUAAAUAAAAGAGUGAUGUAACAAAAUACAGAGUGCCUAAGCAUAACUUAAAAAAUACUAAAAAAUAGUUUGUUAAUUAACAUAACCAGAACCAAAUUAAAAAAUGCGCAAGUGUGCUAGUUUGUAAAAGACUACAAAACAGAUUCUUAUACUCGAUGUAAUCAUGUUGACGUGUUUUCGAAGUCAAAAUUGUAUUUUUUUUAAUUUAAAAAUAACCGUUUUAUAAUUGCGUGUUUGAUAAUGGGCAUUCAAAGUCACCACUAUCAAACACACGAAUUUUGUUUUACUUAAAAAUUUAUAUUCAAAAGAAACUAAUUUUAACAGUCAAAAAUGUUCUUUUAUUUUUAUCAUAGUUUGUUUUGCGGAAUUCAUGAACAGUAAAAGAAACUGUAAAGCUUAUGAUGUAAAUAUACAUCUUAACCAAUUAACUUUUGAUGAUUAUUAAUGUAAGAUGUUUGAAUCAAGUGAAAUGGCUGUAUAGUCACGGCGAAUAUCUAUGCGUAUUCAUCCUACGUUAUUUUGAAUGAAGUUUUAUAUUCAAUUUCUUCGGUUUACGGCGUGUUUACGUUAACAGUAGAUAUUUUUAAGUAAAUAUUUUUCUCGCUUUAACUCUUAUAUAGGAUGAUUGAUAUUGUCUUUUAUAGUACACAGCUUGCUAAAAUAAAGUCAAGCUGCAAAAGAACUUUAAUAAAUCGUGGGUAGGAUCACAAAAAAAUAAAUUUAGUUACAGUCUAACAGAAUAAACGCAUUUUUGUUAUAAUUUUUUCAUGAAAUUUCGUAGGAAUUAAUCAAAUUACUAUUACAUUUGCUAAAUGUUUGAGUAAAAUGAUGAUUAGGUCUUCAUGAUAAUUACGUUUUUUCUUUGUACAUUAGCUAUUAUACUUCCUUUUUUGGAAGCUACUAAAGAGCUUCUCUAUUGAACUGUGAUAUAUACGUUACGUAAAAAAUGUACACAGCGCAAUUCUACUUGUUACGACAGAAUAAUAAUAGCGACACAUUUUACAGGAUUCUUCUAUAAUUAGCUUCUCAUGUAAUAUCAGUGUCAAACGCACGGUCGAACGAAUUUUUAUUUAAAGCUAAAUCAAAAAUUACGAAAAAAAGGUUUCAGUAUUUUUUAUUUUUCACAAGAGUUUGAAGCUGUCAAUCAUCUUAAACCGACCACUUUAAUUAAUUAUGAAUGUGCCAUCCGUCUAUUAAGUAAAAUAUUAUGCAAACAUUUUUUAGUUCUUAAGAUUGUAAUGUGAUAAUUAUUUAUCGAUACUUUUACUAGAAAAGUUCAAUACAGCUUCGAAUAUUACAAAAUUAUAUUUUUUAUUUAGACGAUUUCCUUUUCAUUGAUUCAAAUGAUAUUGAUGCACAGAAUUAUAAAAUAAAAUUUCAGUACUGUAUUAUAAAGAAAAUUAUGGCAUGAAGCACAAAAAAUACUAAUGUAAAAAAUAUAAAUAAAUACCUCGGACUAUUUUUCAAUGGUCGAAAGAUUAAAAUAAUGUUUACCUAUUUCUCAAGUCUUUUAAUAUCUGUGGAUAAAUAAUAUUAGUCGUCUUUUUAUAGUAGCAAUUGAAAAGAUAUACCAAAAAAUUAUUUUAUUUGCAAAUAAACCUUUGGUGAAUUUUAUAUUUUUAUUGUUUAAGAAUUUAAAUUAUUUGGUUGUAAUUAUUGCGAGUAUUUUAUAAAAAAAAUAUUUGUUAAAGCUCUGUAAUUAAAAAAACUUCACAUAAUUAAGUAGAUAAUCAUUAUAACAACACAAGCUUGAAUAAUUAUCAUUUAUGCGUUGACAAGUAGUAUAAUAUGAGAUAGAUUUCAUUUAUUCUUAAACUAUUGCCAUUUAGUUACUCUUACGUUCUGUUUUCCUAACUAUUUAAAAAAAAGAGCACAGAUUCGCCGUGGCAUUAGAUUUUUUAGUCUGAGAAUUGGAUACAAAAGUAACUUUGAAAUGCGAUUAAAUAAUAUUGCAAAAAUAUAUAAAUUAUAAUUAUGUAUUAAAGCAUAAAUUCGAAUAAUGUUUAUAAGAUUAUAGACGUAAAAUAGGUGUAUAUUAAGAUUAAGAGAGCUUUACUACGGAGUUAUGGUUAUUACUUAUUGAGUGUGCGAAUUUCCGGAUAUUUGAUUGAUUAUGAUUUAAAAACUGUUUGUCAACAUAUGAAUGUCCGUUCAAAAUACAAUAACGGAUUCUGUUUAAAUAAAAUGAUAAAGCAGGAAUUAAAAAAUUAAUAUACACUUACUGCUUACAUAUAUUAAUCUUAUUAAUUCCCAUAAUUUGACUUGCUAUUUAAAGUUAUUUAAAUGUAUUUAUCAAUGAUUUCUAAUUGUAUUGAAUAACCAUGUAAUUAGACAGAUGAAACAUUUUUUUCAAUCUGUACUGCGGUCUUUACAAGUCAUGUUAAAUCAACUGAAUAUGCAAACUGUUGAAAAUUUCAAUGAAAUUUAAAUUUAUCAAUAUAAUUAACAAAAUCUGUGGGAAACGUUCUUGUUAACAGAUUAUCAUGCAAAAUUUUUAUUUAAUUUUAUAUUAAUGCAUAUGACUAUCUUUUCGGGAACAUUUCCAAAACUUCAGUGCAAUUCUGUUUUGUGUUUGUAAAUACCCUAAUUCAAAUGUAUAUACAAACAGUAUGGAAAUAAUGCAUCAGAUUUCUUCUUUGGAAUCUCGUUUAUUUUGCAUCAAAUAUGUACAGUAGGCUCCAGUUUUGAGAUUUUAAAAUCGUAAGUGGGUCGGUGUUUACAUUGCGGGGGUUAGCGUAUUUUUUGUAUAAAAAAAGAUUGAUUUUUUUUUACUUUUGAACAGUUGUCGUAGAAAAAAUUCGACUUUAUUACUAAUAAUAUUGUUCAAAAUGAAGAUUUCUGAUAUUUUUAUAGUUUCAAAACGUUAUUUAUGUAAAAAAUGAAUGCGAUACCCGCUGAUGUAAACGAAUGCCAAAGGAUUAGGCAAUGAUUUCCUCAUGGAACUAUAAAUAUGUAUGUAGUUACUUUGUAAUUAUAAUCUAUCAAUUUUAUAUAUAAUUUUGAUAUAAAUAUAAAAAAGUUAAAUAACUGUAUGUAUAAAAUGUAAACAUAUACAGAAUAUGUAUACAACCACACACACACCGCGCGCGCAAUAUGAUAUAUAAGAAAGUCAAAAAAUUUAGUUGUACGUCAUAACAAGCGAAACAUCACUACUAUUGUGUAAAUUAAUUAAGCUUGCGCACCUAAAAAAAGAUUUCUUACACGCGCGAUUAUAUUUAUCUGAAUGGAUGGUUGUCACAGAUAAAGAAUAUUGUAUUUAUGAGGCAGCACUAUUUGCGGAACUAUACCAAUAAACAGAAUUUGAUGGAAUAAAUACUGUUCGUUAAAGUUUAAUCUACAUCCUGAUAUUCUCUUUAAAACUUAUUCGUAAUACAUAUAAUUUGUUUUCACAGGAUUCGAGAAAAUCGC